CGAAUGAACUUUCUUUUUUCUUUCUGUAAUUACAAUUAUGUUGAUUAGUUAUCGAGUGAUCUCGAGGUACCGAUACGUGGUGCUCUAACUCCCUUUUCAAUCACAAAUUUCGGUGAAGUUAAUACACUUGGUACGAAGGCCCACCGUAAUGAAAAAAGAUUUUAAACAUCACGUGACAGUGCCCCAAAAUCACGGAAUUACUUUUCUGUAUUGUUAGCUUUUAACAUUAUAAUGUCAGUUGUUACAGUUCCGUUUUGUGCUUUUCUCUUCAAUAUAAUAGAGGGCAGGGCAUGUGGGGGGCUUGUCACUAACUUUCUAUGGUUCAUGUCUCUCAGUGACUGAACUUCCUGGGUGUUUAAUUUUUUUGAGCAUUUCUUUAAUUUCUUUAUCAUUUUCAUUGUUUUCUAAGAAAUUUGGAGCAGAUUUGGGUUUUAAAGUUUUGAGAUUAGUGUCUCUUGGUACUCUUUUAGAAAGAGAAAGGAGAUAGAGAGAGGGAGGGAGGAAUGGCAGCAAAGUCGGAUGAGCCAGCACCACACCCACCAAAGGAUCAACUUCCCGAUGUCUCCUACUGCAUUACCAGUCCUCCCCCAUGGCCCGAGGCUGUCCUCCUUGGGUUUCAGCAUUACCUGGUGGUGCUUGGCACAGCAGUUAUCAUACCAACGGCUCUUGUUCCCCAAAUGGGAGGAGGAAAUGAGGAGAAAGCAAAGGUGAUCCAGACAUUACUCUUUGUUGCUGGAUUGAACACGUUACUGCAGACAUAUUUCGGGACUAGAUUGCCAGCGGUGAUUGGAGGGUCCUAUACAUUUGUUGCAGCCACAAUCUCAAUUAUCCUUUCCGGUCGCUUCAAUGAUCCAAACCCUAUAGAGAGAUUCAAACAGACAAUGCAGGCAAUCCAGGGGGCACUCAUUGUUGCUUCAACUCUUCAAAUUGUCCUGGGUUUCAGUGGCCUUUGGCGUAAUGUCACAAGGUUCUUGAGUCCACUCUCAGCUGUUCCUUUGGUUGCUCUUGCUGGUUUUGGGCUCUACGAGUUUGGUUUCCCUGGGGUUGCUAAAUGCAUUGAAAUUGGACUGCCACAACUUAUCCUUUUAGUGUUUUUCUCACAGUAUCUAUCCCAUGUGUUGAAAAGAGGAAGAAAAGUUUCUGUUUUUGAACGGUUUGCUGUAAUAUUUACUGUGGUCAUUGUAUGGAUUUAUGCUCACCUACUAACUGUCGGUGGGGCCUACGAUGAUAAAGCGCCAAAAACACAGGCAAACUGUCGCACUGAUCGCUCUGGACUUAUUGAUGGUGCUCCUUGGAUAAGACUUCCCUAUCCCUUUCAAUGGGGACCGCCUUCAUUUGAUGCCGGUGAAGCCUUUGCCAUGAUGGUCACUUCAUUUGUUGCUCUUGUAGAGUCCACUGGCGCCUUUAUUGCUGUGUCAAGAUAUGCAAGUGCAACACCUAUGCCGCCUUCUGUUCUCAGCCGAGGCGUUGGUUGGCAGGGAGUUGGCAUUUUGCUGUCUGGAUUGUUUGGAACUGUGAAUGGAUCCUCCGUGUCGGUUGAGAAUGCUGGUCUUUUAGCUUUGACUCGUGUUGGCAGUAGAAGGGUUGUGCAAAUAUCUGCUGGCUUCAUGAUUUUCUUUUCCAUUCUUGGGAAAUUUGGAGCAGUCUUUGCUUCCAUUCCGGCACCCAUUGUUGCUGCUUUAUAUUGCGUUUUCUUUGCUUAUGUGGGUUCAGUAGGUUUAAGUUUCCUUCAGUUCUGCAAUCUCAACAGCUUCCGAACAAAGUUCAUAUUGGGCUUCUCUAUCUUUCUGGGCUUAUCUGUACCCCAGUACUUCAAUGAGUACACUGUGAUCAGUGGAUACGGCCCGGUUCACUCAAGUGGAAGAUGGUUCAACGACAUGAUUAACGUUCCAUUCUCGUCGGAAGCAUUUGUUGCGGGUGUGUUGGCAUAUUUCCUUGACAACACAAUCCACAAGAGAGAUGGCUCUAUUAGAAAAGACCGUGGUAAGCAUUGGUGGGACAAAUUCCGGUACUAUAAGACAGAUACAAGAAGUGAGGAAUUCUAUUCACUGCCCCUGAAUCUCAACAAAUAUUUCCCAUCAGUGUGAUUAGGCAUUGCUGAGAUAUAACGCGGUCAGGUGAAAUCUUGCUCCCUCACUGUAUGGAGAAGAGAAAAUAGCACGGUUUAGCUAUUUGUGGGUGUACUAUUAUAUAAUUGUUAUAUUUCGGGGUUAUUACUUGUUAAAGCAGAGUAUAAUUGGUAUCUUCAUUUAUAGGAUGCAUUGUGAACAUUUAUUACUUUUAGCUUCUUUUCUGUAAAUCAUUGGAUCAACUUCCUCAGUUGCUUAUCAAGUUUCGAAUUGAAGGCACUGCUGUAGUGUCGAAUAA